UCAGUUUUAAAUUCGCAAACCCAUUCAGAAAAUGCAAAGGCAGUACAGGUACGAGAAAAGCAUGGAGGACACUAAGCAAUUGCAAAUUGAAAGUUUCCAACAGCUUCCUUCGCCUUCAUUAUUCGCAUCUCAGAUUGAAUCCAAAAACGUCCCCGCUGUUUUCCGUGGAUGCAUAAAGGAAUGGAAAGCCUUCACCCGGUGGAAUCCUGUUAACGGCGGCCUCAACUAUUUGCAGGAACUGGUGGGAUCAUCUACCGUUGAGGCUAUGCUAUCCAGAUCCGCUCCUGUCUUUUAUGGUGAUCUUCGAAGCCAUGAGAGGGUUCCAAUACCAUUCUCCACCUUUAUUGGUCUUUGUAAGCAGCUUAUGUCAAAUGCAGAAAGGCAUGAGCCUGCAGUGUCUGAUGCACAAGAGCAGGACCCUCUGCUAUCUGGUGAUGCUCCUCAAAAAAUUUAUUUGGCUCAGGUGCCAAUUAUGAAUACGGAGGAUCAAGAAAGGGUUCAACUGGGAGUUCUUAGGGAAGACAUUCAAACGCCUGCUUUUUUAGAGACAAAGGAACUGGCUUCUAUUAAUCUGUGGAUGAAUAGUGCUCUUUCUAGAUCAAGUACUCACUAUGAUCCACACCAUAAUGUUCUAUGCAUAGUUGCUGGUUGCAAACAAGUUGUCUUGUGGCCCCCUUCUGCAAGUCCGUCUUUAUACCCAAAGCCUAUAUAUGGUGAAGCCUCGAACCACAGUUCUGUUGCUUUAGAAAACCCUGAUUUCUCAUUGUAUCCAAGAGCAGAAUGCUCCAUUGAGUACUCUCAGAAGGUAAUUCUUCAUGCAGGUGAUGCACUUUUCAUCCCUGAAGGCUGGUUCCACCAAGUAGACAGUAGCAAUUUGACAAUUGCAGUUAACUUUUGGUGGCGGUCCAACAUAAUGUCUAGCAUGUUAGAACACAUGGAUGCUUAUUAUUUGCGCAGAAUAUUAAGAAGAUUGACGGAUAAAGAAAUGAACCACAUACUCCAGAAGGCUUCUUCUCCUAGCAUGGAGAAACAGAAGAUGCCCACAUGCAAGCUGCCUAGUAAUGGAGAGGCAGAUCAUAGUCACUGUGAUUUGGUGCAGCCAUGUGAAAAAAGUGAUUUACAAGGGACAGACCAACAGCAGAGAGUUAACUUGCAUCUAUUGGAACCUUAUGCACUCCAGGUUCUUCAUGAUCUUGUUUCUUUGGUUCAUGACCGUGUUAACUUGAUUGACCAAAGUCAUUUGGUAGAGUCAACUUCAGCAAAUGAUUCUGCAGUUAGCAUGAAAGGUCAAUAUGAUAAGACAGCAACAACUAAUGUGUUUAUCCUUGAAGAUGAUCCAGUUGCUAAAAUUCUUUGGACCCUUGAUCCACACACUCUUCAGAAUGUCCUUCUUUCUAUGGCGCACAAUUUUCCUAGAACUUUGGAGGCGUUGAUACUGCACUUGCUUUCACCGGUGGGAGCAGAAGUACUCACACAGAAAUUUGAUGAGAUGGAUCAACUAACCACUGAAGAAAAUAGGAACAAAUUCUAUGAAGUUUUCUAUGAGGCAUUUGAUGACCAAUUUGCUGCUAUGGAUGCAAUUCUGAAUGGGAAAGAAUUAUUUGCUCUCCAGUUGGACAAGAAUCUUCCAAGCAUGCCAAUAGAUAGAAUACUUACUGGACGUUUCAGAAUCCAUCUGAAAUGAAACUAAUGUUUAUCAAGGAUGAUGGGAUUGUGCUUCAGGGACACACACAUGAUGUUUUUGCUAACAGCACCUGCGAAUGAAGAGCUUUGCUUUAAUAUUAUUAUUCUUACCUUAUCAUCAUCAUCAUUAUUUUGUUUUUCCUUUAUCCCGUUGUUCACUUGUCCUAGUAUAUUCUCUGUGUUUCUCUUUAAUAAAUCCUUCCUUUAUCAAAGGAAAAAAGAAAAAAAAUGGAAAAAGAAGAAGAAGAAAGGAAAGGAAGGAAGAAGAAAAUAAAAAUAAAAAAAAAAGGGAAAAGCUGAAGAAUAUCUUGUGCAACUUUGAUGCAUUCGAUUUUAAGUACAUCUGAAAAUAAAUUUGAAAUCUGAUUUUGAUGUUGCAGGCAUUUCAGAAUGUGUUGGAUAAAUACUUGGGAGUAAGCUUUGAUGUGCGAAAACCAUCAACUGGAUAAGACGUUUAGUGACGCAACUUCAUGAAGGAAUUGGUCCCAUCAAAAGAGUCCAUCAGUGAAGAAGCUUUCUGUCUUAAUCGUACUUUUACGUGUGAGUCAUCCACAAUUUUGUAGAAAUAUAAAUCAUUGCCAACUUUGAAUGAUGAUGUAUAUCUCAGCUGUAACUUGCCGUACCAUCCAAUUUCUUUGCCUUUAAUGAUACUUGCACAAACAAUUGUUUAAAAUCUUGUGGAGUCUAAAUUAUGAAAGUCACGUUUGUGUUUCCUGAUAUGGGAUCCAAAUGGUCCAUGAAAGAUUGUAACAGCUAAGAUGGCAUAUUCAGAGGAUGGGUUCCUGUA